CCCAACCUCUCCUGCUUGGCAAGGGGUGAGCGGUGCCCUCGAGCUAGUGCGCGAAGAAGGGGGGUGGAACAGGACAGCAGAAGGACCGGAAACCCGAAGUCGGACCGCGGAAAUCCAAGGACGGUUCGCGAUCAUGUCUCAGUUAUCGCUGGCUGUUGGCGAAAUUGUCAGGAGACUGGACAAGCGCAUUUUUUCGCUUGCACGUGCUGCUAAAAGACCGUAUUCUAUAACCAAUAGGCUGUGUUGCAAAACUGAGAAGGCCGAGGAAAAAAACCCGCAUUUCAAAGAAUCAGUGCGCUCCUCUCCAUUCACCCACGAAGUUUCUGAAUGGGAUAAGAAACUGUUGCUGUGGUCAGGGCGCUUCAAGAAAAAAGAAGAUAUACCUCAGCAUAUUUCGGCAAAGAUGAUGAGUGCAACAAGGAGCAAACUUCGUGUAAAAGUUGCCUACGUCGCAAUGGCUAUCCUGCUUAUGGGUUUUGUAUCUGCAGUUUUCAUAGGGAAACAGGAUGUUAAAAAAUAUAGAUCACUGCGGUAUAUGCAAACAAGCGUUGAGGAGAUAGAAGAGACUGCUGAAAGUACUUCUGCCAAGCCAUAAUAAAAAAGAUGAUUAGAUCUGUCAGUGUGCGAUUUUCAUCAUGAAUUGGAAGAGCAACUUAAGAAACAUUUACUUCAUUUUUUUUCACAUUUCAAAAAGUGAAUUUAUAGUUUAAUGGCAAUUCUAAAAUCUUCAUCCUUUCUGAUGGAAGACUCCAUUUCUGACUAAAACAAAACCACUUUUUGUUUUUGAAAGUCUGAAUCUAUAUUAGAAUGUUUCUUUAAAUCCUGGAUGCUGUAUAUAUAUAUAAAAUCUUUGUAACCUGCUCUAAUAAUAAAUGGAUCUAUCCAG